CUCAGGUGAACAGGGAGUUCCCGAGAAAGCCCCCCUGACCAUUAAUUGGGAUAAUCUUACAUUUAUUUAGAGAUGGUUAAUUGCGUUGCUGCGUGAAGCGCAGUAAUGGGGUUUUUAUUAGAUUUCUGAGCUGUAUCUGUAGCCUUUGAUCUGUACAUCUGUAGCCUCCCAGAUGUCAGUCUGGUUUCCUGGAUGGUCAGUGCUAUCGGUUGCAGGAGUAAAAGGCGAAUCCAGUUCGGAGUGAUAUCCAGUUCCUGGCUGCAAUCUCCAGGAGGUGGGGCUGUGUCUUACCCAGGUUCUAAACAACACCAGGAUGAAAUCAGCAUGAAGCAUUCAAAGUCUCCCUUCGAUCUGAUUGUGAACCAGAUUUGGAGGAGUAAAUCUUUUUCUGAGAGAUGGCCACAAUCUUCAAUGGCACGCUUCUUUAAGGUCACUGAGAAUUCCAAUGAAGCUGCCUGUGUGACAGAAAAGCAGAAGGAAGGGAAAACCUCACUGGAUUCAGAAAAUAAAGAGAAUGCUUCAAAGCUAUCAUCAGAUGAAUUCAAGUCCACAGAUCCUGAGGGCAGUACAGCAAAAUGGGAGCAAGUCGUCGAGUUCAUGGAGAGGCUGGGCAAGGAGCCAGAUCAGAAAUGUAUGAAUCUUAAUAACUGCAGCCUCACUGCUAAUGAUGCAGUUCAGUUGGCUGCCUUGUUGCCAAACCUGCCUCAAUUGGAGGAACUGGAUCUUUCAUGGAAUGAGUUAAUUGGUGGAACUCUCAAAGUGCUGACCAAUCCUAUGCAGCACAUACCCCAGCUUAGAGUAUUGGUGCUGGGAAGCUGCAGACUGUCAGAGAUGGAUCUUUCUGCCCUAGGUGACUGGAUUCAACACUUGCCAAAUGUUGAAGAAAUUGAUUUAUCUUGGAACAGUGAUUUGGGAGGAAACCUGUCUGUCUUUACUCAGAAGCUCGGAGUAGACUCUAAGCUGAAGAUUCUAAAGCUGGUAGAUUGUGACUUAACCGCAAAGGAUGCGAAAGCCUUGGGACAGGCUUUGUCUGUAAUCACAAAAUUGGAAGUUCUGGAUCUCUCCAUGAAUAAAGAUGUGGGAAGUGGUCUGGAAGCCUUAUUUCAGGAGCUGAAGCACGUACCUCAUCUGCAAGUAUUAAAGUUGCACCUGUGUGGAUUAAGAGGGGGCAGCAUCAUUAAUUUGGGUGAUGCACUAGAAUGUGUGCCUUGUAUGAAGAAGUUAGUGUUCUCCUGUAAUGACAUUGGAGGUAGUUUCAAUGAGACAGCAGCCCAUUUAUCAAACUUCAAACAGCUCCAAGUGUUUGAUGUACAUCGGUGCUCAUUGACUGAAGAUGAUGUUUCUGCUCUCACCCAGAUACUGCCCUUACUGUCCAGUCUGCAAGUGCUGAAUUUAGCACUGAAUAAGAAUAUAGGAAAUUCUCUGAAACACCUGAUUGCCCGUCUGCGGUUUUUACCAAGAUUAACAACUCUUGUAGCCAACAAUUGUAACUUAUCCGAGGAAUCAAUUGUGGAAUUAGCUGACACCAUCCCAAACCUAAUGGAACUAGAGACCUUGGAUGUGUCCUGGAACAAAUGCAUCGGUGGAAAUCUGGGGCUACUUCUCCGAACGUUGCAAAGUAGUUCAUCUCUCCGUGUCCUGAAGCUGUGUAGCUGCAAUCUGACUCGCCAGGAUUUGGAAUCGCUCGUGUCUGUCUCACGUGCUGGAUUUCUAGCGAACCUUGAGAAUCUGGAUUUAACCUACAACAAUACUGUCGAUGGUCAAUCUUGGGCAAUGUUUUUCCAGGAAAUAAGUGGCCUAAAGGAGCUGUCCGAGCUAGACAUUGGCCUACGACCUUUGACUCAUCGAGCUUGUGACCCAUGGAUCAGCAUUUUUCUGGACAGCCUGGUUAGGUUUCCCUCACUCUCCGAGUUCGGGAUGCAUCACUGGGUCCUUAGCGCUUCACAACGAAAACGUUUGGAAACUUUUAACAGCGAUAAUAAAAGGAACAUCCUUUUCCACUGUUAGUCAUUUGGUUGAUGCUAAAAUGGAGAUUCAAAGGUGGGGACUAAGCUCAGCACGUCAUAGAUCACAGAUUUUUUAAAUAAAAAAUUCUUUCAAAAUGGAAGGACAUCAUUCAAAGCGUUUCACACCCAGACUGGUCUGGUUCUAGGAUGUUGACUCCAGUCCACCUCUCUCAAACAUCCAAAUCUGUGCAUUGACUGAUUUCAGUCUGUCAGUAUAUUUAAAGUUGAUGAACAAUUUGAGGUUCAGAGAUGGAGAAUGAUAAUGGAAAUGCUGAGCAUAUGACUGGAGCGAAUGGACUGGUUCCCCUCAGCUGAUUCUUUGGCUCCACAGACUGAAUUACUGAAAUUUGCACCAUUUGGGAUUCUGUUGUUAACUAACUUUGUGCCAUGUUAUUAACUCUGAACUGUCUUCACCCAGUGCAUUAAAUACGUCAAUUUUCAACA